GUCGUGAGUACUUGUUGGUUUUGAGAACUUCAGCUUGCUUGACGCGGCAGCCUCCGGCGUCCUUGAAGCAGCCGAUCCGACUCUCGCGCGAACUUGGUGGCCUCGACUUGCAGCUCUGUCGUUGCGCCACGUACUAGAACCAUUGCCCUGCCGCCGACGCACCUCGAAGACGCUCCACGGACCGCGACAGCCGCGGAGUCCGCCAUACGAUCCCGGCGCCCACCGUCGCCACAACUUCAACUCGCCCAACCCAUGUUGAGUCUGCGCGCGGACCAGCCCAGCAUGUCCUUGCCGAUGCCAUCGUCAACAGCAGCAUCAUCCGCAGCAGCAGCGUCGUCACCGACGCGGCCCUCCUUCGUGACCCUGCCCCGACCGCCGGUCGUCCGCAAGACAAAGCCGCCCCAUUACCUUAUGCACCCGCUCGACGAGAUCCCGUCGUAUGCUACCCACGCUUCGCAUAGCGGCGUAGUGCUUGAACCCGAGAGCGUUGAAAAACCCCUUUACACAGCGUUGUCGACUGGCACCGAAGACGACCAGUCGACCGACGACACGACCCCCGACGACGAUCGAGACACUACGUGGGGGCCGCGCGCGCGGCCCUUGGCCAAGAAGCGCCGCGCACUUCUCACACCCAAGGGGUCGGGCGACCGCAAUGGGCCGCAGCGAACACCGCCGCCACGCGCCGCCGCCCAGCGCGCCGCGGCCAAGCCGCUCGUCGACCCGCUCAACGAGAAGCGGUCGACGAAGAGCAAGUGCCCACCGGGCCUCCGGUCUGGCAAGUGGACACCCGAGGAAGAAAAGUUCACCAACACCAUGAUCCAUUACUUCCGGCUUGGGCUCCUCCACAUCGAAGACGGCACGUCACUGCGGUGGUACCUUAGCAAGAAGCUCAACUGCGAAGCGAUGCGCGUGACCAAGAAGCUCAAAGGCAACAGCUCGAUCGGGAAGCAAAUCUUCCGAGCGGUCGACUGCCCAAGUGUCACGGAAGAAGCCGUGCGCGAGGCCACCGAGACACUCCGUGUGCUCGAAGAAGAGUUCUUCGCAUCACUCGCGUACAAGCCACCGCCGAAUACUGCGGCCAAGGACGUCGCGCCGCCACCCGCAAACAGCAAGCGACCAAAGCGUGCCAAGCCCGCCCCGGCCCUCACACCCGAGCCACCUUUGCCGCUUGUCGAGAACGACGGGCCAAGCGAGCCGGCCAACCCCGAGGCCGAGCUCCUUUUGCAUUUUUGCCUCUCGGCGCACCGCGGAGAGAAGCGGUCCGCAGACGACGCCGGCUUGGACGAAGACGACGACAAUGAGGACGGCGACGAGUCGUGA